UCUCUCUCCCAAAUCUCUCUCUCUCUAAAAUGGCAGCUGUGCUCAUCACGACGGCGAUCGCCGCCUCAGCGCCGGACACCACCGGUAAGAUUCCCCGCGAUUUAGCGGAUCCCGAUGUCGAAAUCGUCACUUCCGGACGCCGACGGAUUCCGGCGCACUCCGGCAUCCUGGUUUCAGCUUCGCCGGUGCUGAAAAACAUCAUCGAGAGGCGGACCAAACGCCACGGCGGCGGCAGAAGAGUCAUUAGGGUUCUCGGCGUUCCAUGUGGCGCCGUUUCCGUCUUCGUCGAAUUUCUCUACAAUUCCAGCCUGACGGAGGAGGAGAUGGAGAAGUACGGGAUCCACCUGCUCGCCCUGUCGCACGUCUACAUGGUGGCUCCGCUGAAGCAGCGGUGCACGAAAGGCGUCGGUCACUGCCUGACGGCGGCGAACGUAGUCGACGUUCUCCAGCUGGCGAGGCUAUGCGACGCCCCCGACCUCUGCCUCAGAUGCAUGCGUCUCAUCUACGCUCACUUCAAGACCGUGGAGCAGACAGAGGGCUGGAAGUUCCUCCAGGAGCAUGACCCCUUCCUCGAGCUCGACAUCCUCCAGUUCAUCGAAGAGACCGAAUCGAGGAAGAAAAGAAGGAGGCGACACAGACGGGAGCAAAGCGUGUACAUGCAACUGAGCGAGGCGAUGGAUUGCUUAGAGCACAUAUGCACGGAAGGUUGCACGCUGGUCGGACCCAAUAACGUGGAACCGGGGACCAAGUCACGGCCGUGCAGGGCAUUCUCGACGUGUCACGGCCUACAGCUACUGAUACGGCACUUCGCAGUUUGCAAGAGACGGGCUAAAGGGCAGGGUUGUCUCCGUUGCAAGCGGAUGUUGCAGCUCCUUAGGCUUCACUCUUCCAUCUGCGACCAACACGAACAUUGCCGGGUUCCUCUCUGCAGACAAUUUAGAAAAAGAGCGGAGGAAGAGGAGAAGAUGGAGGAGGACACAAAGUGGAAUCUUUUGGUGAGAAGAGUUGUUUCUGCAAAAGUGAUGUCUUCUUUGUCUCAUCACAAGGAGCAAAAAGGGGACACCCAUGAAGGCCAAUCAUAAGGCUUAAUCAAGGAUCCUCAAGUCGUCCUAAAGGUUUCAACUAUGUAGAUAUUUUAUAAUAUUUGAUAUUAUAUAUACUUCAAAAAAUUUACAAGAUUUGUUUUUUUCUAUAUAAUGGGCAAAAGGUGUUUAUAUGGUACCUUUCGCUUUGGGUUAAGAGGGCUGAAUUUGUAGAUGAGUCACCCUUUAAUCUUGCCCUGUGGUUGCAUUUGUUUGUUUGUUUGUAACCUUUGAUGCCAAUAGCACAAUAUGAUUCAAAAAAAAAAACAAAAUUAUUAUUUCC